AUGGUGAAGUCUCCAUGCUGUGAGAAAAUCAGUGUCAGUAGAGGUGUACAGUCUGCAGAAGAAGAUGGAAUGGUACUUCCAUUUGUCUCAAAGCAUGGAUCUAGUAAUUGGACUUCUGUCCCCAAAAAAUCUGGGCUUAAGAGGUGUGGAAAAAGUUGCAGGCUUAGGUGGACUAACUAUCUCAAGCAUGAUCUUGAGCAGGAUGGAUUCACACCCCAAGAAGAAGAUCUAAUCAUCAAGCUUCACGCAGCCAUAGGUAGCAGGUGGUUUAUAAUAGCCCAACAGCUUCCUGGGAGAACAGACAAUGAUGUAAAGAACUACUGGAACUCAAAGCUGAAAAAGAAGCUUUCUCAAAUGGGGAUAGACCCUGUUACUCACAAACCAUUCUCUAAACUCAUUGCUGACUAUGGAAACAUUGGUGGUAGCCAGAAACCAAGUUCCCCAAUUGGGUCUUUCGACAAAGACUUCAAGAAUGCAAUCCAAUUAAGAUCAGAGUCAUAUCAAACAAUGCCACAAGGAUCUAGAAACACCAAUAACCAACCAAAUCAGCCACCCAAAAUGGAAACAAUUGGAAAUAGCUUUUCAAUCAGCACAAGUAUUCCCAGUGAUAACCUCCCAAUGAUAAUAGUGCCUGGUGCCUCAAAUUACAUAGACUUAGAGAAUGAGACUGUUCUGCCAACAUCUAUAUAUGAAGAAGGUGAAGCUAGCUUGUCAAAAACUUCAUCACCAUCUGCUUCUUCCACUUGUUCCACUUCAGCACAAGAAGCCUUACCUGUACCCUUCAGCUGGAAUGACUUCCUUCUAGAAGAGGUCUUUGCACAAACAGGUGAUGACCAAGAACAAGAAAUUGUGGGUGGAUUCAUGUCAAAUGACAUGGUAAGUCAAAUGGAGAAUGUGACAAGUCAAAGUUGGAACAAGAAAGAGGCUAUGUCAUCAUCCUCUGACAUUUCAUUCCUAGAAGCCAUGCUUGAUCAAGAAAAUGAGAUGUUUCUAAGUUUUCCUCACCUUAUGGAGGAACCUUCCAACUACUGAGUCCUGAAUUUAGUAAUGAUUUUCCAGUUUACCUUUAUCAUUUACUCCCUCCGGUCCUAUUUAUA